GUGAAAUCUAUGAGUGAAUGAAGACAAUAAAGGCAAGACUAAAAACCCUUGGAGAUCAAACAUCAAAUGCUGGGGACUCCAGGGCAAUCCUGGAGGUGUUGGCAACCGAGCAAUCGCCAGUGAAUAAGUUAGAGCCUCCAACUUAUGAUGCACAAGAACAAAAAAGCCUGGUUUUCUCAAAGUGUAAGCAGGCACAUCUGUGAUUUUUGGGUCACUGAAGGUGGGAUUAUUACAAACUGGUCUUCAGCUGAUUUCUUAUUUAGCAAUGAUGCUGCUCAUCCUGACACACAGAGAAUCUUUGAAAGUUUGGAGUUUAUGGAGGACAAGGCUACAGUUUUUCAUGCCUGUUACCUAUCGGCAUGUGAGAAGUCCGGGAUCAAGGACAGUGUAGCUAUGGGCCACUUUCUGCUUCCACCAUCCUGUCUUCAUGAAGAAAUUAGAGCAGCAGUUGGAAAUUUCAUUUGGGAGCAAGAAAAUCCUUUGCAGUCUCAGCAGCCACAUGAGAGAGAAGAUAUUUCAAAAAAGAAGACACCUGAAAUCUGCCACAGCCCAGAAAUGGAAAGAAUGGACCAGGAUGUUCUGAACAAUGGAUACAGGAACCAGAAUUUAGUCAUUGAAACACCAUCAUUUGAAGCUGCAACUUGUCAUGUUCAACAGAUGUACCCUGUAAACAACAUGGUUACUGGUUUUAUCUCUAUUGAUGAGCUGAAGAAGUACUCGGGAAAUUUAUACGACUUCAUUCCAGGCUGUGCAGGUUAUUCAGUGUGUCGCGUCCAGAGAGAAAAAAUGUUUUCAGUUUUGAAAAGCAAAAACAGGAACCACACUUUUAUUCAUACAAAUUAA